CGAGGCAGUAACGGGCACUUGCCGUCUAGCAGCCACGAACUACGGAGCUACAAACCUGUUCAGUGUACUAUAUUGGUGAUUUAAGUAUAACGUAUCUAAUCUGUUGUCAUAUCAUUCACGGGUGUAUUAAGUAUAAUGUGGUCCGCACAUUAUACUUAAUACAAUCAGUCUAUAUCUUGUAUUGAUGUUUUGGAUUAAUAAAUAAAUGUAUAAAUGUUGUCUUGGUGUUUAUUUCAUCAGAAGUGAAGAGUAACAGCACCACGCCAUGCCACGCCAUCGGAAAAAGUCGAGGCGCCACGCAAAGAAACGUGACACUAGCUCAAGCUCGUCAGUAUCGAGCACAUCGUCUAGCUCGUCAUCGGACUCGGCAACUUCAAGCUCCAGCAGUGAACAUGCCUCAAGAAAAAGAAGGAAACGUGGCCGUAAGAGAUCGCCAACUCUUCCGCAUCAGGUCCUAACGAGUUCCAGGAGUAACUCGUGACGCAGGACGGCCGGAUGUUGUCGCCCUGGCAAUCCUGGCAUUGAUGGCGCCACC